GCCACGGGACAGGACGCACAUAGAGGCUCGUGUCCGUUAGGGAGACCCGCGAGCUGUGAUCGGAAGGAGAGGAGUUGCUGAUCGGUGCACCGGAGCAGGAUGCUGCUGUUCUUGGAUCAGUGAGAGAGUGACGCUGCGCUGCGUGCCGGAGACAUGCGGAUCUGUCCACUCCUCCACCAGCUCUCACUGUAGUUAUUGUAAAGUCCUGCCUGUCCUCACACACACACACACACACACACUCACACACAGAUCCUCUGCUCGCCUCUCCUGCUGGGAUAUGUCCUCGCUGGAUGCCGGGAUGCCUGGGACUCUCCUCACACUGUUCUUGGUUCUGCUGGGUGUGCUGGGGACAUGCGCCCAGACGGAGAUGAAGAGGGUAGUUGGGGACAACGCCACGCUGCCCUGCCACCAUCAGUUCUGGGUGGGGGACGACCCCACGCUGGAUAUUGAGUGGCUGCUGCUCAAGCCCACCAACAGGCAGAGAGUGGUGAUCACCUUCUUCGCUGGACGGGUGUUCGACCCCAAUGAGGUGGAGCGCAGCCGGGUAUCCUUCGCUGGAGAGUACUUAAAGGGGGACGCGUCCCUGGUGAUCAGCGACCUGUCCCUCAUAGACUCAGGAGAGUACAGCUGCAAAGUGAAGACCGGAGCUCAGUACCACUGGAGCACCAUCAGCCUCAUAGUGCUGGUAAAGCCGUCCAAGCCGCGGUGCUGGAUGGAGGGGAAACUGUUGGAGGGGGGGGAUGUCAAGAUGAGCUGCAAGUCUGCGGACGGCUCUGAUCCCCUCCACUACAAAUGGGAGAGGGUUAUGGACAAGGGCAAAUAUGGUGGGAAGCUGCCUUCAAUGGCCCUAGUGGGUAAAUUUGAAAACCCAGAGAUUGUGACGUUGAAGAACUUGACGAAGGAGAGCACCGGGGUCUACAAGUGCACGGCCAGCAACGAUGUGGGAGAAGACAGCUGCACGGUGGAGGUCAAGCUGCACUAUGUAAGGGGAAUGGGUGUGGUAGCAGGGGCGGUGGUUGGCGUGUCUUUUGGGGUCCUCCUAAUCAUCCUCAUCAUCUGGUUGGUGUUCCGAAAAAAGGAUAACAAGAAAUAUGAAGAAGAAGAGACCCCAAAUGAAAUCAGGGAGGAUGCAGAGGCUCCCAAAGCCAAACUGGUGAAGCCCAACUCCCUCUCAUCCCGCUCUGGCAGCUCUCGCUCAGGCACCUCCUCCACUCAGUCCAUGGUGCACAACAUGGGGCUCCGAGGCCAGCGAGCCUGUGUUCCUGCUGUGGCGGCGCUCAAAGAAAACUGCCAUGCCUCAAACUUCCCACAGUCUCCACCUGGCUACACUCAGUCCGUUCUCAAGACUCCCGAACCCCGUUCAACACCAACCUCCAUUUCUACCUCCAACAGCAAGCCCAGCCUCCCCCCUAAACUGAGUCCUGCAAACCUGAGCCGCAUGGGGGCCACUCCUGUCAUGAUCCCUGCCCAAAGCAAGGCCUUCCAGACUGUGUAGAAGAUGUGACACAUAAGAAAAGACCAUGGCAGCCUCAGGACACUGCCACUAGCUGAACCCAAGAGUUAGACUCUCAUAAUUAUAUUAUUUAGAUUAAUUCUCACCGUUUGCUUUCUGGUGGAUACUUUCAGCAAUUUAACUCUUGAAGAAUCUCUGCUUUACACUAAUGACAUAGGAACAAGUGGGAACUGUGAUGAAGGUACUGUUUUAUGGACUGUGGUUUUAAAAGACAAGAAGGUAUUGAAACUGAAGCAGCAGUUGGUUUCUUAUUAAAUUAGAGGAUCGAACCACGAACAAAUGGGAUGAGUUAAUGAAAUAAGGUGAAGUCAAAACCGUGAGCCAGAGUGACAUUUGAUGAAAUUAUUAGAUUACUACUUCAUUCUUUUUGCAGUCAACUACUCACAGAUACACAUGACAAGGUUAGUUCCAAAGGGAAUAGAAAAAAAGGAACAACCUUGAAGACCUUCUUACAUACAAUACACCACUUUACACCUGUUGCAAGUGACUGAACUGAUGAAAGUAGUUUAACCGUACCUUGUUACAGUAUAUAAACCGGAUGAAUGUCUCUGAUUGUAUAAACAGACUUUAUGUGGACAUUUCAUAUAUCCAUCCAUACAUGUGACACAUAUUGUAGUAAGGACAUAAAUGAUUCCCUACUUCACCGCCUCCUCUGAUGAAUCAUGUACUUGUGCACAUCUCCCAGUUUCAGUGUAGUUUAAGUGUAGAUUAAUAUGGGACACUAUUCAUACCAUCCAUGUCAGAGAGAGUCAGAGAAGUGUGUGAGUUUUUUGGGGGGAAGUCAAUGUUCAGGAUCAUUGAGCACUUAUAUUUUUGAUUGUUACAGGGUUAGGUAAAGGCCUGACUGUGAAAGUGCCACAUUGUGAUGGUUUAUGUUUUAUUUGCUCAUUUUUGUGUGAAGUAUACCUUCUUUUUUAAUCCAAGAGUAGAAAACUGUAUGAAUGUGAUGCUAUAUGAUAUGUGUUAUAUACAGUGUUUUUUCUCAGCAUUAAGUUAGUCCCAUGUUAAAAUGUUUGCUUUGAAUUCAGUUGAGUAUUAUAUCACUCAUUGAAUCAUUUAUAUUGAGAGUAAAUUACCUUGAGCACUCUAAAUACAUAACUAAAAUAAUGAUCUCUAAAGAGUGCCUUUGGUCAUGUCCAUGCUCGUUGUGAUGAUCAAACAGUUCUUUUGACAGUACAUUGCAAAUCCUUCACAGGGAGGAUAACACUAAUCAGUUAAUGUACGUUAGCUGGGAGAGCUCCAUUUAUAUCUGACCUCCUUCAUACCAGCCACAGCCCGCAGACAGACAGCCGCACAUAGAAUAUAUAUAUCCUGCCCUUGUGCCUCAUCUUCCAUUCAGCAGAGGGACAAUACUGAUCCUUCUCCGUUCCUCAUUCUUCAAUCACAUUCCUUCCCUUCAAUACGUAAUCUGCCUUUAUCCCUUUUCCCCUUUCAAUAGUCUUGUGAUUCUCACCACCUUCUUGCUCUUCUCCCAUGACGCUGUUCUUGAUUAUUUUGCAUGGUGGGGGAAGUUAUAGAUAAGCUUCAUCCAAGACAGAGCUUUGUAACUGUAGAGUUCCAAAGCCAAAGUUAUUGUCCAAUGAUUUAGGCCCCGUCCACACGGCUUGUAAAUGUUGCCACUAAAAGCGUCCUGGAGCACGAACG